CGAAGAAGACACAAGCGAGACGUCGAAUCGAACGCGAUUCAUUUUUUUUUCUCUUCAUCAGCCGAAACAGGAGAGAAAAAGGAAAACGCUGCGAAGGGAAAUAUUUUUUUUUCGAAAUUAAUCUCUCAACACCAAAUUGAACCGUUCCCGGCGACAGUGACGAAUCCUGGAGAACCGGAAAUCAAACAGCGGAGUUGCUGUGGUGCGUUUUUCCGUGUCGUAAUCCGCGAACGUUUGUGCGACGACGGGACGGACAAGUGGAGUGAGUUCCGCACAGAAACGGAAACAAAAUCAUUUAGCUGGCGCCUGUGUCGAAAUACAUCUACAGCCUAUCGCUGCGUUCCCGCGAUUGGAACUCGAAAGAAAAUUUUGUGUCGUCUCUCGUUGGCCGUUAGCACCGGUGCAGUUUGAUAGGUUCAGACGGCGCCCCGUCUAUUAGCCCCGCAGCAGUCCCUUUCUUGGUUCUGGGAAUAUCCUCAUUGGCGACACGGCGGCCGCCGAGGCAGACCAACAUCAGCCGAACGCUGGAGUGAGAGAUACUGAAAGCGACGAAAACAGCGAUAACGACCAGCACCGCCACAGCCAGGAGCGACAAACGCCAACGGAUGAAAACCAGAAAGAAUCCAGUGGUAGUCCAACAACGUCGUUAAGUGGUAGUGACCAACCAGAUCCGAAAGAGCAUUCCCUGGAGGGAGAGAGGGACAGACAGGAAGGAGGGAACCGGAAACAUCUGCAACAGCCGAAGCAGGAACAACUGCAACGAAAGCAAAGGCCCCAACCUGAGGCACAGGCAAUGCCAUCGGCAGUUAGCGGUGGCGGCGGAGGCGGAGGAAAUCAUACCGGAACCGGCGGUGGCAAUGGAAAUAACAUGAACCCCCAAACGAACGAAGAAUGCGGCAUUCGGGACGUCUGGCGACACAAUUUGGAUGAGGAGUUUCGCACCAUCCGGCACAUCGUUCAGAAGUAUCACUACGUGGCGAUGGACACGGAGUUUCCCGGCGUUGUGGCCCGGCCGGUCGGAGAGUUUCGAUCCUCGGCUGACUAUCAGUAUCAGUUUCUGCGGUGCAACGUCGAUUUGUUGCGGAUCAUCCAGCUUGGUUUGACCUUCAUGGACGAGGAAGGCCACACACCGCCGGGCUUCUCCACGUGGCAAUUCAAUUUCAAAUUUAAUCUCAACGAGGACAUGUACGCGCAGGACUCGAUCGAUUUACUGCAAAACUCUGGCAUUCAGUUCAAGAAGCACGAAGAGGACGGUAUCGAUCCGUUGGACUUUGCCGAACUGUUGAUGACAUCCGGUAUAGUGCUGAUGGACAACAUCAAGUGGCUCAGUUUCCACUCGGGCUACGAUUUUGGCUAUCUGCUGAAGCUCCUGACCGACCAGAACCUUCCAGCGGAAGAGAGUGAUUUCUUCGAACUGCUGCGUAUCUACUUCCCUACGAUCUACGACGUGAAGUAUCUGAUGAAGAGUUGUAAGAAUCUGAAAGGUGGUCUCCAGGAGGUAGCCGACCAGCUGGAACUACGUCGUGUCGGCCCCCAACAUCAGGCCGGUUCGGACUCCCUGUUGACCGGAAUGGCGUUCUUCAAGAUGCGCGAGAUGUUCUUUGAGGACAACAUUGAUAACGCCAAGUACUGUGGUCAUCUGUACGGCUUGGGAACGUCAUUCAUAGUGAACGGAAGCAGCAAUACCAUCAGCAACACCACAACCAAUAACAGUUCGAGUGCCACUAUCGGUGGAUCCAAUACGAACACAAACACCGGCUCUGGAACGACUGGAGCCACCGGCACCGGAACUAGUGGCAACGGCGGCAGCACGGGCUCCUCCGGUAACAGUAAUAACAAUAACAACAACAACAAUAAUAACACAAACAGUAGUAGCGGAAACAAUUAUCACGACAACGGUGAAACGAACGCGACGUCAUGAUUUCGUCUGCUGGUUCGUUAGAAGAACGACGUCUUAUCGAUCGAGAAGCAAACGACGCACUUUGAGAGUUCCCAAUCCGGCACACACUAACAAAGCAAGUAAUAUUCUCUUUAAUGGACACCUCCAAUAUUUAUUACAGCUUUAUUACUAAACCCUUAUCUAUCGUAACUAGAGGAGAACACCGCUAGUGGGUGUUCGUCAUUUGAAAAAAAAAAAUGCAGAAAAACGAACGAAGACAUUCACUUUUAUUUUAAGUUCACCGCAGAAGAAGAGAGGAUCAGCGAUCCAAAUCGUUUUGUUUCUCCUUUAUUUUCGGUAUCGAAGCACAUAUUUUAUCAUCUUUGACGAAUGAUAGGAACCACACUACUGAUCAUUAGUUUUUUUAACAGCCGACCGAUGGAGAAAACUUGAGUUAUUUUUAAUUUACACGCAUUUUCUUGAAACAGAGAAGAAGUUGUUAUGAAUCCGAGAGAAGAGGAAAACUAUCACUUAGGAAAGUAGUAGCAAUUAGAUUUAUGUUUCAUGGCUAUUUCCUUCUGUUUAAACAUGAUCGAUGGGGUCAGUCAGAGGGAAUACACUACAGACGUUCGCUAAACAAGUUGAAAUAUCAUGUAUUUAUAUAUCAAUGGUCUUUGAAGGUUAUAAAGCUUCUUUUCAUAUUCAAGCAACAAAAAGUUAUGAAAAUUGCACUCUGUAAACAUUGUUAUUAGAAGAAAAAAAUAAAAUUGAAUGAAGGGAGAGGAUUCUCUUGGAUGAGAGAAAAUCGAAAAUUGGUUAGUAAAGUGGGGAAUGCGAUCGAACUCGAUCCAUUGUAGCUCAUGAAAUGAAUAAAAAAAAAACAAUAAAAUGACUUGAAAACAUUUUACAGUUUGCUAAUAGCAUCCUAUAAUGGGCAUUUUGUAGAAGCCACACACAAGUAGGAAUGAAGGAUACAAUUUUGACAUGUUAAUAUUCAAAAAAAAAGGUAAAACAAUGAAAGCAGUACGAUGAAAGUUAAAACAAACAUGCAUUCAUACUUAUAUAUGCAAAUAAAACUGUUUUAUUGAUCAAAACUUA